AUGGACCGAAAUUAUUUUCUUUCUUGUUAUUUAUUUACUCUAUCUUUUUUUCUUUCCUUCUUUCACAGAUUCUUUCCUUUCUUGUCACUUAUUCUUUCUUUCUUUCUUUCUUUCACAGAUUCUUUCCUUUCUUGUCACUUAUUCUUUCUUUCUUUCUUUCUUUCUUUCACAGAUUCUUUCCUUUCUUGUCACUUAUUCUUUCUUUCUUUCUUUCACAGAUUAUUUCCUUUCUUGUCACUUAUUCUUUCUUUCUUUCUUUCUUUCUUUCACAGAUUAUUUCCUUUCUUGUCACUUAUUCUUUCUUUCUUUCUUUCUUUCUUUCACAGAUUCUUUCCUUUCUUGUCACUUAUUCUUUCUUUCUUUCUUUUCCUGUACAGAUUCUUUUCUUUCUUGUUACUUAUUUAUUCUUUCUUUCUUUUUUCAUUCUUUCUUUCUUUCUUUCACAGAUUCUUUCCUUUCUUGUCACUUAUUCUUUCUUUCUUUCUUUCUUUCUUUCUUUCUUUCUUUCUUUUCCUGUACAGAUUCUUUUCUUUCUUGUUACUUAUUUAUUCUUUCUUUCUUUCAUUUUUCAUUCUUUCUUUCUUUCUUUUCCUUCACGGAUUAUUUUCUUACUUGUCAUUUAUUUAUUCUUUCUUUUUUUCUUUCUUUCUUUCUUUCUUUCUUUCUUUCACAGAUUCUUUUCUUUCUUGUCACUUAUUUAUUCUUUCUUUCUUUUUUAAUUCUUUCUUUUUUCUUUUCCUUCACAGUUUAUUUUCUUACUUGUCAUUUAUUUAUUCUUUCUUUCUUUCUUUCUUUCUUUCUUUAUUUCUUUCUUUCUUUCUUUCACAGAUUCUUUCCUUUCUUGUCACUUAUUCUUUCUUUCUUUCUUUCUUUCUUUUCCGGUGCCAAUUCUUUUCUUUCUUGUCAUUUAUUCUUUCUUUUCCAAUUUCUUUAGUUCUUUCUCUUCACAAAUUCGUUCUUUUCUGUCGUUUCUUUUUUCUUCUUUUUUUCUUUUACUUUUCUAUUCUUUCCCAUUAUUUUUUUUUACUUUAUCCGUUCAAUGCUCUCUCUCUCUCUCUCUCUCUCUCUCUCUCUCUCUUUCUUUCUUUCUUUCUUUCACUUCCCCCUUUUCUUCACCUCUUCCGAUUAAUCGGCCCACGUCUUUUGCCGACUGAAUCUCCUCCUUGUUAUCGCGUUGAUAAUCGAGAAGCGAACAUAUAUGACACUCGUCAAGACGAGAGAAAGGCGGAGGUUGGUGCGAACGCCAUGGGAAAAAAAAGCGAACACACCACCCUGCCAAUAUCUAAUAAACACUCGAUUAAUUUAUAUCCUUUGGCAAGUGCAAGCGUUGGUAUGUUCAGGUGUGCAGAUAUUAAUGAACCUUUCUCGCGAUUUUCUCUUCAACGCUUCUAA